CGCAUUGUAUACUACUGUACACAACGCGUAACAAACAUGCCCAAGUCCAAGAAAGGUGCGAUAUGGGAGGACAAGGAGGUUCUAUUCGACCUGCCCUUCGAGUACCUGAAGCUGCGGCCUGGUGAGAGGAUAUUCGACCGCAUCGAGCCCAUUGAGGACACGAAGGGCAACAGCGGCAGCAAGGGCCGCAUGGUGGUCACCAGUCUGCGCGUCAUAUGGCAUUCCCUCAAAUCGCCCAGGAUCAACCUGUCCAUUGGCCUCGGCUGCGUGAUCACGACCAGCACGCGCACCGUCAGCUCCGGUCUGCGCGGCACCACGCAGGCGCUGCAGCUGCUGGCCGGCUGCGGCGGCAACCAGUACGAGUUCGUGUUCACCAACCUCGCGCCCAACUGCGUGAGGCACUACACCUCCGUCAUCGGCGUGCACAAGGCAUACGCCGGCUCUAAAAUGUUUAGAGAGCUGAAGCUGCGAGGGGCUUUUAUACAUAACAAGCAGUUGCGUAUGCUCCCAUCGGAGACGAUCUGCCUCCAAGAGUCAGGUAUCUGGAACCUGUCGUCGGAGUCCGGCAACCUGGGCCAGCUGGUGGUGACGACGGUCCGCGUGGUGUGGUUUGCCGACCUCAACGAUGCCUUCAACAUCUCCAUGCCGUAUAUCACUAUUGAGAGUAUCUCAAUCCGCGACUCCAAGUUCGGUGACGCGCUGGUGAUAGUCACCCGCGCGGCCGCCGGCGGCUACGUGCUGGGCUUCCGCGCCGACCCUCGUGAGCGGCUCGCCGGCCUGGCCACGGAGCUGCAGACGCUGCAUCAGGCGUACUCCGAGAGACCCAACCUGGGGGUGGAGAUGACGUGGGAUACUAAGGUAAGAAAACCAACGCAGUCCGACAUAGAGGAACUAGAGGAAAUCGGCGAUCCACGCGGUGAGAUGGGCCCAGCUCUCUAUCUCGCCUCGCAGCUCGCGGGGAAAGAGGACGCCAAGCAGCCGGUCUAUAGCAGCUACCUGGGUCUAGCAAUAGAACCGCUGAAAGAAGGAUUCAGCUUGAAAAGUCUGUUCGAAGUGCAAACUUCGAGUUGAUGAGAAUGAGGUCUUUUUUAACAUGU